AUGGCACGCUGCAGCAUGGCAUGGCACAUUGUAGCACAGCACAUUGUGGCACGGCAUGGCACGGCGCCCGCUGCCCCCUGUGCCAACGGCUGCCCCCGCGCCUGCGCCGACCUCUGGCACCACGUGGAGUGCGUGCAGGGGGGCUGCAAGCCAGGGUGCCGGUGCCCCCCGGGGCAGCUGCUGCAGGACGGGGCGUGCGUGCCCCUCGCCGAAUGUCGCUGCGGGCUGCCCGGGGCCAACAGCACCCGGGAGGUUUGGCCAGGGGAGGCAGCCGAGGUGGAGUGCCACAACUGCACCUGCGUGAACGGGACCUUGGCGUGCCCGGUGCCGGCGUGCCCGUCCUACGGGCCCUGGUCUGCCUGGAGCCCCUGCUCCAGCAGCUGCGGGGGCGGCCGCACCUCCCGGCACCGCGCCUGCCUGCCGAGCCCCGGCGGGGUGCCCUGCACGGGCACCGGCACCCAGGAGACGGCCGAGUGCAGCCCCCAGCCCUGCCCCGCCGGCUGCCAGCUGAGCCCCUGGUCCCCAUGGAGCCCCUGCAGUGCCAGCUGCGGAGGGGGCAGCUCGGAGCGGCGCCGGGAGCUGCUGGGAGGCGAGGAGGAGCCGUGCCCGCUCCCGGUGCUGCAGCAGCACCGCGUCUGCAACGCACACAACUGCACGCCGGAGUGUCCCCGCAGCCAGGUGUACGGGGACUGCGCCAACGCCUGCCCCCACGCCUGCGCCCACCUCCGCCCGGGGACGCGGUGCCUGCAGCAGCCCUGCCAGCCCGGCUGCGCCUGCCCGCACGGACAGGUGCUGCAGGACGGCGCCUGCGUGCGCCCCGAGGAGUGCCGCUGCGUGCUGGACCCCGCCGUGCCCUGGGCACUCAACCUCUCCCGGGAGGAGCAGGAGCAGGAGCACCCUCCCGGCAGCCGCCUGCAGCACCGCUGCAACAGCUGCAUCUGUCUCCGCGGCACCUUCAACUGCUCCCAGGAGGACUGCAGUGCCUGCCCGGAGGGCGAGCGCUGGCAGGACCCCGGGGUGCACGGCCCCGGGGUGCCAUCGGGCUGCGAUCGGAGCUGCACGGACAUCCCCGGUGAGCCCCCCCUGGGCUGCAGCACGGCCCCGGCCCCCGGCUGUGCCUGCGAGCCCGGCCGCUACCGCAACAGCAGCGGCCACUGCGUGCCCGCCGCGCUCUGCGAGUGCCUGCACCGGGGGCAGCUCCACGAGCCCGGCAGCGAGUGGCAGGAGGAGUGCGCGAGGUGCCGCUGCGUGGACGGCAGGGCUGCAUGCACAGACAGCUGCCCCCCGCUCUCAUGCCCCGAGGGCGAGGUGAAGGUGAAGGAGCCAGGACGCUGCUGCCCCAUCUGCAGGAUGGAGUGGCCGGAGGAGCCACCCUCCAUGUGCCGGCGCUUCACCGAGCUGCGCAACAUCACCAAGGGGCCCUGCUCGCUGCCCGGGGUGGAGGUCAGCUACUGCAGCGGGCGCUGCCGCUCCCGCACCGCCGUCACCCCCGAGGAGCCGUACCUGCAGACGCUGUGCGAGUGCUGCAGCUACCGCCUGGACCCCACCAGCCCCGUCCGCAUCCUCAGCCUGCCCUGCGCCGGCGGCACGGCGGAGCCGGUGGUGCUGCCCGUCAUCCACAGCUGCGAGUGCAGCAGCUGCCAGGGGGGGGAUUUCUCCAAGCGCUGACGUCCUGGCUGGCUGGAUGCUCCCCUCCGGGGCGUGACGGUGGUGGAGGACCCCACGGCACCCCAGUUCCCUGCCCC